AUGUUAAGCUGGUCGUUUACUGAAUUGGUAGUGCCAGUUUUGGUUGCUGCACUAAUGACUAGUUCAUUUUUAUGGAAUUGUGCUUCUCGGGACAGAGGUAAGUUUUGGUGGUUUUAUUUCUUUACCUAAAGUUUUAACUUUUUUCUGAUUUUUAAAUCUUUUUUAAGAAGGUUUUUUGAAUUUGUAUACAGUUUUUGUUGUUUUUUUUGUUGGUUUUUUAGCCCUGGAAAUGCAUGUAAAGGCCAGAAAAAGGAAGAGAAAGUUGAGUAAGGAGAAGGACAGAAUGUCCAACGAAGACUUGAGCACCGCUAAAGGAGAAGUAUCACUUGUCGGACAAAAGUUUAAGGCUAAUGAAAGUAAGUUUCAAUUUCUGCAAAGAAUUCUUAUUAUUAGCUAGUGUUUUUUGGCUUAAUUUUUGUCUGAUGGGUAAGUUGAGUUGAAAAAAGGAAAAUAUAACUCGGUUUUAUACUAAGUUCAGCAUUGUGGUUACUUUUUGAGUUAGGAAAAGCGAGUGUUACUUUUAAAAGGUAUUUUCAGAGCCUCAACACGUACCGCUAGCCUACACCAAGUCGGAAGACACUCAGCAAGGCGAGCCUCGAACUGCCAAACCCAUUGAUUUUUUGUACCCAGCAGACAGCAAUGACAAUGUAAGAAAAAAUAUAUUGAUUUAUUUUUUAAGUUUUUUUAAAGUACGGUUAUCUAUCGGUUUAUUUACCUGGUAAAUGACAGUUUAUAUUGCUUUAAGAUAUGGCAAGACGAAAGCACCCUCCGGCACGUCUCUUCAAUCGAACCGGACAAUGAGACUUCAAUGAUGAUUCGCUCGCACAUCCACCGACGUCGUGACACUGAACUGACAAUGACUUGA